AGCUGUGUUGAUUACUGAAAUUUAGAUAAUUGUAUUGCCUUAAAAGUUUGAUAAUAUAAUGGCACGAGAAAUCAAAAGAAAAAGAAAGGACAUUGCCAGUAUGAAAACAGGCGAAAGUGAAGCUACCAUAGACUAGUCAUGAUAUUUUUGUUGCAUUCCUUUCAUUCUGAAAAGUUUGUAAUUUUGCUACUUGCUACAAAUGCCGAUAAUAUUCAGUGCAGUGCAGUGUUUUUGACAAGUUUCAGUUUAGUUAUAUAUGAAAAAUAUUUGUUAUAACAUAAUUGACUUAAAAUAUAAGUGGUGCUAAUUUCAGUGAGCUACCAGUAAAGUGUUUCAAAAUCUGGAAUCGAAAUUUAUCGUUACCCAGGAGUCGUUACGAAAUUUUGCAAAAUGACUUCAGCACUUUAUUUAGAGCACUAUCUAGACAGUCUUCAACAUCUGCCGAUAGAAUUACAGAGAAAUUUCAAGUUAAUGCGGGACCUCGAUGAUAGGGCACACGGGUUAAUGAGGACAAUUGAUCUUAUGGCUGACGAACUAUUGCCCAAUAUUCCGAAAAUGGACGAGGAAAUGAAGAAAGACAAGGUUAAUACAAUACAGGGCCUGUUUAACAAGGCCAAGGAAUACGGCGAUGAUAAAGUGCAGCUCGCAAUACAGACUUACGAGUUGGUCGACAAACACAUACGGCGCCUUGACUCUGACCUUGCUCGCUUCGAAUCGGAAAUUCAAGAGAAAGUGAUGAGCGCCCGAGCUGCGCAGCAAGCCGCCGCAGACCAAGAGCCGAAUACCACCACUGUCAAGAAAGGAAGGAAAAAGCAUAAGGGUAGUGAGAAGGCAGCUGCUACCACAGGUAAGAAGAAGCGCGUCGGAGCUUCCAGCGAGGACGAUGCGGUCGCGUCGGGCAGAUCCGCAGCCAAAAAGAAGGCACAGCGCAAAGGUGCAACUACAACAGCCAGUGCUGUCAAGGAACAAGAAGAAAAUGCAGAUUUGGACUCGGUUGCUGGCAUGGCUCAUCCCAGUGACGUCCUCGAUAUGCCUGUCGACCCUAACGAGCCCACUUAUUGCCUCUGCCACCAAGUUUCAUAUGGAGAAAUGAUAGGUUGUGACAACCCUGACUGUCCCAUUGAGUGGUUCCACUUUGCAUGUGUGGAUCUUAAGAUUAAGCCCAAGGGCAAGUGGUAUUGCCCUAAAUGUACUCAGGACCGCAAGAAAAAAUGAUCCACGGUGAAACCUCCUGUCAAACCCUCUGACAAGACUGUACAGGUAAAGAAAGAAGUAAAGUAACUUCAGUCUUUAUUACCAAAAACUAUGUGUGAAAAAUUAGAUAGUAAAUGAAUUUAUAGUAAUAUAAAAGAUAUUAAAACUAGUAGCAUUGUGGUAAACUGUAUUUAGUUUUAUAUAAUUUAAAAUUUGAAAGCCUAUUUUUAUGGUGUAUAAAUUGCUGUAGUCUUAAUUCAUUAUUUGAAAAUGAGCUAGUAAUAAUUUAAUAUAUUAUACAAGAUGCAUUUAUCAUCUAAUUGCAUACCUGUUUAUUUUAUACACACAAUCUGUUUUAAAACAGAUAAAAGAUGAUAAUCAAUAGAUAUCUUAUGUAGUAAUAUUACACAACAUUCAAUGUGAAUGCUAAUAACAGUUAGCAGAUGUUUUGUAAAAUUAUAUAUAAAUUUUGUACUGACAAAAGGAAUUCAGUGUCUUGUACCCAUUUUUAAGAAGAUUGAACUUUGUUAUUUUUUUUUUUACUUGCCGUCAUAUGUUAUGCAAGGCAACAGGUUCCAUGUUUUUAUUUGAUUAAAAAAAUAGAUGUUUCCAAUAUAUAACUAUGUUUUGUGAAGUAAAUGGGAUUAUCAUUAUGCAAGCAAACUAUAGUACUUCAAGAUGAUUCGCAGUUUAGUGAACUCCAGUAUAAAAUAUAUUUAACCCCCCCAUUGCCCAUUGUUACUAAACUGCCUAACAUCACAAGUAAAGCAUAAGUUACAGCUAUUAACACAUGGCUAUUACGCACAGUGGGGCAAAAAAAUCUGUAUAUUUAAAAUCAAAAGAUGAAGGAUGCUAUCAAUUAGAUAUGGUCACAAUGGCUAAGAAAAACAUUUUUUUUGUUUGCUUGGGGAAAGUUGAACAGUAUGUCUGGUUGUAGACAUCUGGUUCUUUUCCAGACAAUUGUCCCAGUUCAGUGACAAUGUCUUGUUUUCUUGGGUGUAGUAGGCAGGUAGACACAUACAAAACUGGCCAUAGUCGCUGUAACACGCUCCAGUCCGGCGAAAAAACUGGAUGUGUACAAACAGCCUAUGAUGAUUCCCUACAAGCAUUUCUUUUACCAUAUCUAACCUUUAUCUUAUUUAGCAAUGUGUCUACUGUGUUAUUGUGUAUAAUUCUAUAACAUUCAAGUAUUUGGUAUCUUUUUUGUUUGAAAAACCAUAUAAAUAAAUAGUAUUAACAAUCAGCACUAGAUAGCACCACUAUCUAUAUCAAUUUAAUUUUAUGGGUAUUAAAUUAAACUAAAACAUUAAGUUGUUAAAGGAAACUUGUGGAAAUGUAUAUUGCUGUAGCAUAUAAAGAGAACAUUUUUAAUUGAGCCGCAAAUUAUUAUUACACUCUCCUGAUAACUACUAUAGAAUUUUGUGGAGUUUGGGCUGAGUGUGGUCCAUAGUGCUAUAGCCAAUAAUAAUGUAAAUUGUAAACUAUAUUAGGUACUUACAUAUUGAUUUUAUUUUAUUAUUAUAAUGUCACUUACAGUAUACACCAAACAUGACACAUAGGAAUAUAAGAAUUGAAUUAUAACAUGCGCAUAAUUAUAUAUAUGCGUAUAUUAUUAUGCGCAUAUGCAUAUAUAAAGCCAUGGUUAUUAAUGUGAAUCUUGAAUUUCCAUAGCACAUUAUUAUUUGGGUCCCUAAUAAUCAAUUUGUUACAUUACAAAACCGAUUGUUACAAAUAAUAACACAAAUUAGUUGUAUUUAUUUUUCAGUAAAACACUUUUGUCGCAUAAUUUGGAACAAUUUGUUCCGAACAGAACUUUCGCCUCGUUGCUUAUUUGGUGGGUGAUCUGGGUCUACAUUCAAUGUGGAUUUAAAUAAAUCCAAAGAGGAAAGUCGAUAGGUUACAUAUAGAUAAUUGUUACAUAUGUAAGUUAUAAUAAUGUUUUCCAAUGAAUUGCCGUAGACUAGAAUAAUUUUGUUGCUUUGAUAGUUUAUUACUCUAAUUCUCAUGUUUGCUGGGAAUUAAGUCAUGACAACUUAUAUAUAUAAAGUUAAAUUGUAAGGAAUCUUAUAUAGCAAUAAAUAUCACUAAGGUGACUAACUUAAGUUUAUGACUGAAUAAUUAUGUGAGUUAUAAUUAUAAUAUAUGUUACUAUAACAGGGUGACACAAAAAAACAAUACAAUAUCAAUGUAAUAAAACGCAGCAUUAUCACGGGCCAGACGGGAAUGAAGGAAUGACAUCAAGUAAUUAAGUUAGUCUAAAUGUCUUGCUUCAAUAUUGGAGCUAUGUCAAAGUAAUGACCUGGAAAUGACAUUAAUAUUGACAGUGUAAUGAUGAUUAGCGCAUAUUAUUGUAGCCACAAAUUUAAAGUAGACACCACUUAAAUACUUCCAGGUGCUCUCAUUAUUUUAAUAAACAAAUUCUGUCAAUGUGUUCUCAUACUCAUCAACAAACCAGAAACCCUGAUGUAUUACUUUUUUCUGUCACCAAGUAAAGAUUUUGUAUUAUUCUAGAGUCAAUAUUAAUAAGUGAUUUAUUAUAGGAAUUUAUCUAGAUUUCAUAUAGAAUAUAGACCAUCAUGCUGCAUUGUUAAAUAUUCACCAUAUUUUAUGAUUCAUACUUAGGUAUAAUAUAUUAGAAUAUCAUGCAUUGCGUUUAUUAUUGAAAUUAAAGUUAUCACAUCACA